AUGGAGUCGAUGCCAGAAGGAUGUAUUGCUGCCAUAUUGUCUCGUACCACUCCGGUGGAUGCCGCCAGGAUCUCCCUCGUUUCUAAGGUCUUCCGCUCCGCUGCCGAUUCUGACGCUGUCUGGGAUCGUUUUCUCCCUUCUGAUUCUCAUUCCAUUGUUUCCCAAUCUCCUUCUCGUGCUAAAGCUUCAUCAAAGAAAGCCUUCUACCUCGAUCUCUCUGAUCACCCUGUCGUCAUCGACGAUGGUAAAAAGAGCUUUCAAUUGAAAAAAAAGAGUGGGAAGAAGUGCUUCAUGCUUGGUGCUAAAGCUCUAUUCAUUGCUUGGGAUAACGGUGAACAUGACUGGUCCUGGACAACGCUCCCAGAGUCAAGGUUUCCUGAAGUUGGUGUGCUUCGGCAUUUGUGCUGGCUUGAAAUUCAUGGGAUGAUAAACACAUUUUCCUUGUCCCCAAAUACCCUGUAUGGAGCUUUUCUUGUGUUCAAGAUUAUUGAUGUCGUUCAAAAAUUUCUUGUGGUGUUAGCAGUCAGAAAAAUAGGCAGUCAUAUUAUGACUAAAAUUGCCUAUUUGAAUCCAGACUCAUUGGAACGCGAGGCGCCCGGACGAUUUUCGCGUGUGAGAAGCGAUGAUUGGUUGGAGAUUGAGAUGGGUGAGUUCUUCAAUUCAGGCCUGGAAGAUGAUGAAGUUCAGAUGAGUGUUGUGCGGUUAGAUGGUUGUUGGAAUACCAGCCUCAUUAUUGAAGGAAUAGAAGUUAGGCCUAAGGAUGACAAUUAAGCAAACUCACUGAACUCUGCAUACGUAGGUCUUGUGUCUUGUGUCUUGGAUGACAUAUAGUGCUUGCUGGUUUGAAACUUCAAGUUUUGAACGUACCAUGUGCAUGUGAUGUCUUCUUGUGACAGACUAUAUUGCUCAUCAUAAUUCU